UCAAAAGCACAUGCCCGUGAGAAUAGCGUCUCUCAUUAGCAUUACGCGUAGCUUUAACCCUCCAGGACGUUCUUGUCUGUCUUCUGAACAUGUCCGAUAACUCUAAUGGUGGAAGGUCUAUUGGCGGCGGCGCAAAUGAGCCUUUGCCGACCGGAUGGGGCCAAUCAGGCUCAUCACGAAGGAUUGCCCGAAUUGGCGAUAUAUCCGGCUCUUCUGGCGGGGGGAGAGGAUCACGAAUUAGUACUCUGAGGGAGCUUACUGGUACCAGUGCACCAGCACCAGCAGGACAAGGAGGCAAUGUCCCAGGCGCUGGCCAUGGUGGGGAUGAUUCUGAUGAUGAAGACAAUGAUGGGGAGGGAGAAAGCUGGUUUGCGGGUGGUGAGCGUAGUGGCAUCUCAGUACAAAAUCCAGACAGGCCAGGCGGAAGAGGAGAAAGAGAUACAAUACCUGGAGGAAAUAUGGUCAGAGAUCUACUACGACGCGCUGCCGAAGGAGGUGUUCCGGCUCCUGUAGAGGAGGCCUCAUCGAGUUUCGCUGGAGGGGGACAUAGGCUAGGGAGCGAUGAAGUCGAAAGCUCCUAUGUCCCUGAUCCUAGCCAACAUCGAGUAGAACCCACUAUCCGUCAUCUUACAUUCUGGAGAGACGGAUUCGCUGUGGAGGACGGACCAUUGAUGCGUUACGAUGAUCCAGCUAAUGAAUCUAUACUUGCUGAAAUUCAUUCGGGUCGUGCUCCUCCCUCCUUAUUGAAUGUUAGUCCAGGAGAACCUGUGGAACUACGUGUGGCGAAGCGCACGAAUGAGGAUUUUGUUCCCCCCAAGCCGGCGGCUUUUUUUGGUGCUGGUCAUCGAUUAGGCGCUCCUGUGCCCGAAUUUUCCGGAGCCGGGGCGAGUAGUGGCGGAUCAAUUAUGCCUGGGACAUUUGCCGACCCCCCCUCUUCGUCUGCGUCACCAAGGGCGGAACCUAACCGCGUAAACACCAAAUUUGAAGUAGACCAAAGCAAGCCAAUGACCAGCGUUCAAAUCAGGUUGGCAGACGGGACAAGGAUUGUUUGUCGAAUGAAUUUGACGCACACGGUGCUUGACCUCAGGAACUUCAUCAACGCCUCUCGUCCAGAAAACCUUACGCGCCCAUAUAGUAUUGGAACUACAUUUCCCAAUCGUACACUUGACGAUUUUAAUGCUACCAUUGAACAAGCUGGAUUGAAGAACAGUGUGGUGGUGCAGAAAUGGGAAUGAAUGAUUACUUUCUUGUUACCUGUUAACACUUGAAUUUUUUGUGGGUUGUGACAUACAUAGAUGAACCUGUACCGAUCGCGAGCUUUCUUGAUUCGAUCGUCAAAGAAAUAUAAAACA